GCCCGCGCCAUGUAGCCGGCUUCCACCCGGCUCCGACUGGCACCUCCCGGUCUGUGACAUCCGGUGAUCUCAUGUUUGAACUGCCGUAACCUAUGAUAAUAGGUCAUGUAAAGAAAGUCUACACCUGUAAAUUUGCAUUUCACUACUUGGGAUAGACAGUAAGUAUGGUUCAAUAUGAGAUUUUCUUUGGAUUGAAAGGAAGGUCCUUUCAAUUGCGUCAAGCUGUACAGUAUCACAAAACGGGAUUCAAAUCUAAGCAGACUGGCAAAAUAACGAUAGCCUGAUGAGAUUCUCUCAUGAGAUUUUUGUCUGCAUGUUCGAGUCUGGAAUUAGACUUAGUCAGCGUCCAAGGGUUCAUUCUUACACGCAAGACUGAAUGCUUUCCACAAGUAAGCUUCCAUGAAUAGGUACGUAGGUUAUGCUUUCCAGUUGACCUGAGAAUUUUCGAAUUCGAAUCUAGCAGCAUUCCUAUCACUGAGUAGGAUUGUAACCUACAAUAAUCAUAUCAGGACAUGAGAUGCAGCUAAUAACUAGACCCUCCAUCUCAUCACCAGAGUGAGAUAUGUUCUCAGCACGCCGAGUGACUCUUCGGCGAUCCAGCGGGGGUUGCCGGCCGGCCACAGCGCUGACCCCACCCUAACUUUGACGGUCGCGGGGAGCUGUGGCGCUAGCUUCUACAAACAUCAGCUAAAGAAAGACCCCGCCACUUUUGUCAAUUUCAUCAUCAUUCUCAAUUCUCAACUGUUGCGACAAAACUAUCCCCCUUCCCACGCCCAAAGAAGUCCCACCACAGUUCUAUAAACCAAUUCUUCCUCAACAAAGACACAUCCAAAGAAGAGACAUCGAGCUCUCACCAUGUCUCUGGCGCAGCUCUCUCGCCUGCUGCCCCUCCCUGAGGACGAGCUGAAGCAGAUGCUCGACUACGCAAACACGCUGUCGAAAUCCGAAGCCGCAAACCACUUCAACGACCUACUGGGCGACUCACCGCAGGCCGUCGAGUUCAUUUCCUCGUUUAAUUCACGACGACAAGAGAAGAAGACCCCAAGCCCAGCGCCGCAAACCAGUUCGAUCAGCUCAAGUACCCCGGAGCCUGCUCCAAAGACGUCGCGGGGACCCAAGAAGAAGAAGGCAAACAUACACACACCGGCCGCAAGACAAAUCGACGCUGCACCUCCCCCGGGAGCAAGCUACAAUAAGAAGUCACAGGAGGAUGAGUGGUACGGAGGGAAGAAGCCAGCUCCGGCGGCGGAGAGCAGCGGCAGCAACAGCAUUAGCACUGCCUUCCCGCAACUUGGGGCCCCGUCGUCGGGUUCUAAGCAACCACCAAAGAGUGCUACUCCUCCCCCGCAGCAGCAAAGAACGGCCGGAGGCUAUCUGAUAUCCGACGUCAAGGCCAAGCCCAAGUCGAACCCUGUAUCACGAUCCUCUACCCCCAAGCCCACGACGAAACCUACAAAGAUAUCGAUUGCCGGAGGUACGCCAAUGGCGGGUGCAUCAACGGCCCUCAACGAUCUAGACGCGGCCAUCCGGACCUUGGAGUUAACGACAAACCCAACAAUGGGCGAUGACCCGAAAACGAGGAGGUGCAAUUGCGUGGCCACCCGGCACCCACUGCAGACGGCAGCACCCAACUGCCAGUCGUGCGGCAAGGUCAUUUGCGUCAAGGAGGGCCUUGGGCCAUGCACAUUCUGCGGCACGCCUCUGCUGUCGUCGGAGGACGUACAAGGGAUGAUUAGGGAGCUCAAGGCCGAGCGAGGAAAGGAGCGCAUGGCUGUGGAUAGAGAUGCUCACAAGCGUGCCGAGGUCAGCAAGAAGCCGGUGCCGUUCAGCCAGAAUAAGAUGUCCGAGGCGGAGGCCAAGGCCAAGGAGCACCGGGACAAGCUUUUGAACUUUCAAGCGCAGAACGCGCGGCGAACGACGGUCAGAGACGAGGCGGCAGACUUUGAUGUCAGCGGGGCCAUGGCCGGCAGCGGAGGCAAUAUCUGGUCGACGCCCGAGGAGCGGGCCAGGGAGCUCAAGAGGCAGCAAAAGAUUCUCCGCGAGAUCGAGUGGAACGCGAAGCCCGAGUAUGAGAAGCGACGGCAGGUUGUCAGCAUUGACGUGGUGGGUGGCAAGGUAGUCAGGAAGAUGGCGGCUGUGGAGCGGCCGACAACGCCGGACGAAGAGGAUAUUGUUAUGGACGAAGUUGAAGACGAGAACUACAGCCUCACCAGUCAACGGCAGGGUGGACAGGGUGGUGCUGGCGGCGGCGGAGCCUUUAGCCAGAACCCUUUACUGGGAGGACUGAUCAAACCGGUGUGGGAUGCCAAGGGAAAGGGAGCGCAGCUGGAGGGCCGCAAGGACAGAAAGACGCAGUGGAGGAGGGUGCAGGAUGACUUUGGGGACAACGAAGCGGUGAUUUUGGAUGGCGGGGCGCAUGGAUACUCGGCUACGGGUGACGAGCCAGCGUGCGGUUGAGUUCACGGUUCAAUGACUUGUCGUGUAUUGGAGUGGAGAGUACGGAGUAUUAGAGGACCCUCAACAUGUGGUCAACUGGAUGAUUGGGUUAGAGUCUCUUAUAGAUGAGACAUGAACACAUAAGUAAGCAUUCCUCGGGGAGUUGGUGGUUUUGGACAAAGCAUUGUGUAGCGGUGACGGAGGUAGACUCGGGUGUUUGCAUGUAAGGCAUGAUUGGGGGUCAUCUUAUAUGAGACUUAGACUACGGAUACCUUGGUAUAUCUACCUUAUUCAAAGAUGGAGAUGCGUAUGCUCGGUUCACAUUUGGGCUUGGGCAGCAAUACUUGAUCUUCAGGGGUAUCCGUUCGGUGGCCCAAUCACAGACAAUGAAGAGGCCUGGAACAGCAGGUCGGUCUUUGAAGAAGAGCAAACAUUGUGUACGGAGUACCUAAAGGAUGGAUGCAGAUAUUCAGGGAAGUGUGGUGGUGAGGUACCCGGAUGGAGAGGGACGGGAGGACCUGAGGUGGUGGUGGUGAUGGUGGAAGGUACUUUGGUACAACGUCAUGUGACUUCGUGUCUUUGACCUGCUGAGUCAGGCCGAGCGGGAAGCCGGGCGUGUCGCAGUCGCUCGAUUUUUGCCGCCACCGCUGUCCAUGUCGCCUCGGCCGGGGUGUCUCUUUGUUCUGGCAGGAGCGGCCUCGACUGGCAC